AUGAAAGGCAAGGAACACAUACAUCAUGAUUACAAUAGUAUAGAUAUCGGGGUAACAAUUACAGUUCCCAGAAGAAGGAAACAAAAACGUACAGGAUCUACAAAUAGUCAAAGCACUGGGUGGAAGAAAUUGUUAUGGCUCAAACAACCUUAUGACGAUAACUACACAGAUUCGAGCUUCUUAUCACAACUGAAACGAAAUUCAACGGUUGUAAAGUACUCGUAUGUAAAGCUAGUCAAUGAUUUUUCCAUCAUUGUAUUGCAUCUGUCGUCCAUUAUGUUUGUUGUUGUUGUAUUUUAUGGGAUCUAUCAGUUAAAUUGGAACCCGAUUAAACCAACAGUGAUAAGUACGAUUUGUACACUCAUUGGAUUCAUUUUUUAUGUUGUAACAUUGAAGAUAAUAAGAAAUAAAGAAUUGAUUGAACUACAACAGUUUAAAAUCAACCAGCUAUACAUGGUACCUUCCGCUUCAACCAACCUAAUGAAAGAUGGAACUGAUCAUGACGAUACUUUGGAAGAUUAUUUAACUGAGCCAUCACCACCAGACUUUUUUGAGACUUGUAAGUCUUCCGUCUUGAUUUUGCUUUACCUCCUAACUCUAUCACCAGUCCUGAAGUCCCUAACUAAUUCAACUUCUUCAGAUUCUAUUUGGGCAUUAUCUGCUUGGUUGUGUAUACUGAAUGUCAUGUUUAACGAUUAUGAAAUUGAAUUCUAUAGGCUAUCUCCAAGGGAUAAGCUAUUACACUGGAAAAAAUUACUACAUCUGCACACACCAUGGAACUCAAAUUCAAAUUUGAAUACACCUUGGAACUCCACCUCAAACUUAAAUACCCCAUUUUCGUCGAGAUCUCCAUCACCUUCUCCGACUUCAAGAUGUCACUCCAAACUGAAUUUAUCAGAUAAUGAACUCAACAACAGUAAGAACCGAAGUCAUGAGUUUCACCUAAAUCAACAAAACCAUCAAUCAAAUUUAUCUAAAAAUAUAGCUAUCUCAAAUGCAAUUGUGCUUGCUUCAAGAUUACCUUCAAAUGCAUCCGCCUUCUCUUUUAUUUUAUUCUGUAUCCAAACAUGUGGCUUACUACCGACCUUCAACAAUUUUACGAGGCGCUAUGGAUUUAAUGGAUUCCACAGGUUUCAACUGAUUUCUAUAAUCUUGACGGUUGAUUUCUUGGUGGCUCAUUUAUUCGGGUUGGGUUGGGCGAUUUCUUGGAUUCUGUUACAUUUGACUAUCAUUUUCAUCGGCCCUUUGUAUUUUCUGCGAAUGCAGAAGUAUAAGAAUGAACUUCAAGGCCCAUGGGACCCGGCAAAACCUAUAGUAAAAUCUUUAUAG